AAACUGGGGGAAACCGCCGAGACGUUGCGUGGGGAGGAGGCGAGGGAGAGCGGCUUCCCGCUCAACUGCGCGCGUCACUCUGGCUCCCUGAGGCAAGUGUCUGGCCCCGGACUGUGCGUUCCCUUCGGCUCUAGAGAUCUCCGCGGCCCCCAGAGGCCUCUCGGAGCGCCGCCCUGGCCCCGCCGUUCCCGCCGUCGUUGGCCGCUACCCCAGGCUCGGCUCGCUCGCCGCCUUCCUCUAACUGCCUCUGGCCGCGGCCAGCGUCCGCGGCGUCAGUGACGUUGGCGUGGGGGCGGGACUUCCUGCUUCGCGCGCCCUGAGGUCUCGGGACUCAUCCCGCUUUGCGGGGUUUGAAGGGUGGCGGGCGGCGGACUGGCGGUGGCUUCCCAGUCGGACUUCGGCUCCGGCCCCGGCCCCGGCCCCGGCCCCGACCCCAAACCCCAGAGAAGGCCAGUCCACCGAGGAGGAGCGGGGUUUUUCUCCAUUGCUGCCGCCGCCCUUUCCGCCUUCGGAGCUCUCUCGGGAUACCCCACAUUUCCAGGGGUCGGGAGCCCGAGGGGCGCGCUCGGCCCUCCGGCUCCUGCUCUUCAGCCUUUGCCGCGAGCGGCUGCGGAGACCUCGCCAGGCGUGACGGGCUGGGCCUGCACCCCGCGUGCGGGACCGUCUCCCGUGGGCCCAGUGCCCCGGCGGGAAGAGUGCCGUAGGCGUCCGUGGCUGGAGCAGUGGAGCCUGAGUGCAGUCACCUUGUGUCAAAUAAAAGAUCCUUUGUAGCAUUAAUCACAGACAUAAUUACAUGCUGAAGGUCAUCUUUGUGAAGACUGUGAUUCUCCCCAGCCACUUAUCAAGUUCCAAAUAGCUUUUCCCCUGGUUUCGGAGUAUGGAUUUCGUACCAGAAUCCACUCUUGAAGUUUACCUCAGUAACUUCAGGAAACAUUGGUGAUUUGUGAAUCUGGGACUACCUAUACUGGAAGAGUCGUUACAUCUAGUUAGGCUAAUAUUUGAAGAUAAGACCUUGAUGGGCACAGAAACUGCAUGGAAGUAAAGAAAAUUUAAGGUAUAAUUUGGCCUCCCGAGAUUCUGUCUUAGCACGAAGAAAGUGAAAAAUACUCUUGAAAAGAAAACUAAGACAAUAAGAAAGCAAGACUUGCUUUUACAUGGUUGUCAGCUCACUAACCAAUAUGGACACUUUUCCCACCAUUUUUCCUCCUGGUGGAGACAGUGGGCUGACCAGUUCUCAAUCUGAGUUCCAAAAAAUGUUAAUUGAUGAACGGUUACGAUGUGAACAUCAUAAAACUAAUUAUCAGACUCUGAAAGCUGAACAUACAAGGUUGCAGGAUGAGUACAUGAAGUCACAAAAUGAGCUCAAGCGCCUAUUAAAUGAAAAGCAGACUCACCAGGAAAAAUUUCAGCUGCUGCUUGAAGAGCUACGAGGGGAAUUAGUAGAGAAAACUAAAGACUUAGAAGAAAUGAAGCUGCAGGUAUUAAGUCCACAAAAGCUGGAAUUGUUACGUGCUGAAAUCCAACAAGAGCUAGAAACUCCAAUGAGAGAAUGUUUUAGGCAUCUGGAUGAAGAAGUAGAAAAGUAUAGAGCUGAAUAUAAUAAACUUCGCUAUGAACAUACAUUUCUCAAAUCAGAAUUUGAACACCAGAAAGAAGAAUUUGCACGUAUCUUAGAAGAAGAAAAAAUAAAAUAUGAAUCAGAGAUUGCAAGACUGGAGAAAGAUAAAGAAGAACUACAUAACCAGCUGCUUAGUGUUGAUCCCACAAGAGACAGCAAACGAGUGGAGCAACUUGUUCGAGAAAAAGUCCAUUUGUGUCAGAAGUUAAAAGGUUUAGAGGUUGAAGUAGCAGAAUUGAGAGCUGAAAAAGAAAAUUCUGGUGCUCAGGUAGAAAAUGUCCAAAGAAUUCAGGUGCGGCAGUUGGCUGAGAUGCAGGCUACGGUCAGAUCCCUGGAGGCUGAAAAACAGUCAGCUAAACUACAGGCUGAACGCUUGGAAAAAGAGCUACAAUCAAGCAAUGAACAAAACACUACUUUAAUUAGUAAAUUGCAUAAAGCUGAACGGGAAAUAAAUACAUUGACCAGUAAAGUAAAAGAACUUAAACAUUCAAACAAACUAGAAAUAACAGACAUCAAACUGGAGGCAGCAAGAGCUAAGAGUGAGCUAGAAAGAGAAAGGAAUAAAAUUCAAAGUGAACUGGAUGGAUUACAGUCAGACAAUGAAAUUCUCACAUCAGCUGUUGAACACCACAAAGUGCUUUUAGUAGAAAAGGACCGUGAAUUAAUACGUAAAGUACAAGCUGCCAAAGAAGAAGGUUACCAAAAACUUGUGGUAUUACAAGAUGAAAAGCUAGAACUUGAGAGCAGAUUAGCGGAUUUAGAGAAAAUGAAAGUGGAACAUGAUGUCAGGAGGCAAUCUGAAAAGGAACAGUGUGAAGAGAGAUUGCGAACUUCACAGAUGGCAGAAGAGUCGGCCAGGAGGGAACUUCAGAGUAUUAGGUUAAAACUUCAACAACAAAUUGUGAAUAUUGAAAAUGCAGAGAAAGAAAAAAAUGAAAAUUCUGACCUGAAACAGCAAAUCAGUAGUUUGCAGAUCCAAGUGACCUCACUUGCACAGUCAGAGAAUGAGUUGCUGAAUUCAAACCGAACACUGAAGGAAAUGGUGGAGAGGUUAAAACAGGAAUGCCGAAAUUUAAGAAGCCAAGCUGAAAAAGCACAACUAGAAGUUGAAAAGGCAUUGGAAGAGAAGCAAAUACAGUGGUUGGAAGAAAAGCAUAGGCUUCAUGAACGUAUCACUGACAGAGAAGAAAAGUAUAAUCAAGCUAAGGAGAAAUUGCAGCGAGCUGCAAUUGCCCAAAAAAAGAGAAAAUCUCUUCAUGAAAACAAGUUGAAGAGAAUGCAGGAAAAGGUAGAAGUCUUGGAGGCAAAGAGAGAAGAAUUAGAAACAGAAAAUCAGGUGUUAAAUAGACAAAAUGUUCCAUUUGAAGAAUAUACAAGGCUUCAAAAAAGACUAAAGGAUAUACAGAGAAGACAUAAUGAAUUUCGAAGUUUAAUUUUGGGUCCUAACAUACCUUCAACAGCAUCCAUCAAUCCUGUUAGCUUUCAGUCACCAACUGUGGUUCCAGGCAUGGAACUAUCCUUUCCUCCUCAUAUGCAGGAGGAGCAGCAUCAAAGGGAACUCUCUCUACUUCGCAAAAGACUAGAAGAACUAGAAACAACACAAAGAAAACAACUAGAGGAACUUGGAUUUCCUGGGGAAUGAUUUUCUUGGAGAAAAGGCAAAUCAAAAGGGAUGAAAUCAGUGACUCAAUAAGGCUUGAAGUUUUAACGUAUGUGGUAUUUAGAUACUUUAUUACUGUUUGCCAAAACACUUGAAUGUGCCUCAAGAGAAGGUACCAGUACAUGAUGUAUUGAAUGAAUGUCAGGAUUUUAGGGUUAUACUAAUGAUAAGUGAAGCACUAAAGCAGCUUCAGAGAUAUUUAGGAUAUUAUUGACAACCCUUUGAGAAUGUGAAAUAAAUGAACAAAUAAAAGGAACUCAUUAGGGAAUCAAGUUUUUAAAUUAUUUUAUUAAUCUUACUUUGUUGAGUUUUUUGGCAUCUUGCCUAAAACAUGCCCAUCUUGAAUUCCCUCUUCCUCUUCUUUGAGAUGCUUGGCAAUAACAGGGUCAGUGAACAUUUUCUGGUUUACUAUAUAUGAGUUAUAAACCUCUAGUUCUUGAAAAAUGACAAUUUUAAAGUUAGUAUAAAAAAAUAAAGAUCUCUAGAUAUAUAUUAUAAAACACUACCUUUUCUAAAAGCUGUGUGCACAUAAUUUAUUAAAGAGCUUAAUAAAUAUUUUUCUAACUAUUGUUUUGUGUUUAAUUUUGCUUUAACCAUACAGUGUAGAAGAUCUCACCAAUUUUGGCUUAGUUGGGUUAGGAUUGAUAGAAAAUAACAGAGUACAAAUAAUUAAAUACUGUGGCUGUAUAAAACAAGGGCCAUUCAUUGUAAAACUUGAACCCAGUGGGGUCCCUUUAGAAAUAUUGCUGGUUUUUAACUUUGCCUCCUACUGUUUUGGAUCUAUUGGAUCUAACCAAACUGUUACAAAUGUUUUAUUUCUGUGUGUCCCUAAGUAUGCCAUCAUUUGCUUUUUUUUUUUUUUUUAUAUAUUUAUUCAUUUUUGGCUGCGUUGGCUCUUUGUUGCUGCACGCGGGCUUUCUCUAGUUGCAGGAGCAGGGACUACUGUUCAUUGCAGUGCGUGGGCUUCUCAUUGCAGUGGCUUCUCUUGUUGUGGAGCACGGACUCUAGGGGUGCAGGCUUCAGUAGUUGUGGUGCAUGGGCUUAGUUGCUCCGCAGCAUGUGGGAUCUUCCCGGACUGGGGCUCGAACCCGUGUCCCCUGCAUUGGCAGGU